AUGACAGCAGCUGCUUCUCUGUCGGGCUGGAUACCGGCUUCUGCGAGAGGAGACGCUAACUGUCUGGGUGACCGUCCUUCAGACUUCAACGCUGGCAUCGGCGUGGCGGAGAUGCUGGUCGUGGCUGACGCCCGUGUGCAGCUGGUCAUCUGGGAUGACGUGAAGCAGAAAGCGGUUAUCUCUCUCGAGUUUCGAACCUCCGUACUCCGAGUACGCCUCUCGAAAUCGCGAAUCGUCGUCGCUCUCCUCAACAGUAUCCACGUUUUUGCCUUCUCGACCCCUCCUCAGAAACUGUUUGUGUUUGAGACGACAGAUAAUCCGCUGGGUCUGGUCUGCCUAGGCAAGAAGUUGCUGGCCUUUCCUGGUCGAUCUCCAGGACAGGUCCAGCAGGUAGAACUAGAAACGGGAAAUGUCAGCAUUAUACCAGCACAUACCUCUCCUUUGAGAGCAAUGGCCCUGAGUCCAGACGGGGAAGUGCUAGUUACAGCAAGUGAAGCUGGCACCUUGAUCCGAGUAUUUUCUACAAGCAAUUGCGCCAAAAUUGCCGAGUUGCGACGAGGCGUGGAUCACGCAAUGAUAUUUUCUCUUGCUAUCUCACCAUCCAGCACACUGCUAGCGGUCACCUCCGACAAAUCUACCCUGCAUAUCUUUGACCUUCCCCACCCACGAGCUCUUUCGCGACGGAGCCAGUCGCCAUCAUCGCCAUCAGAGGAAGGAAGCAAUCAAAAAUGGGGCAUAUUGGGAAAGAUCCCUUUGCUUCCCCGGGUAUUCUCCGACGUAUAUUCUUUUGCAAGUGUGCAUUUCGAAAUUGGCGACGACUUCUCAUCAGGGGCGCCGUACAUCCCACCUCUAGGGACGUCAUUUGGACGGCCAUCAAAAGGUGUGAUCGGCUGGACAAAUGAUCAGACGAUCUUGGUCAUUAGUGCUGGGCGUGAAGGUCGGUGGGAGAAGUUUGUCCUUCGUGAAGGUGAGGACGGUAGGCGCUACUGUGUCAGAGAGGGUUGGAAACGUUAUCUAGGAGGUGGUUGA